AUGCGUCAGAGUUUAUUGUUAAAAAUAUCCAUCCUUUCGUGGCUCGCCAUCCCUCAUGGCGCCAUGCUUCGCUCAUCCAUCCCCUCGUUGCCUCUUCCCCACGCGACCGUUACCCACAGGGUACAACUUGUACCCUCACAGGCGGCGAGUACUAACGUAGUUCAACAACACAAAUCGCGUUCGCUUCUGGUUAGGGACGAGGACAGAGGCGGCCCUCUGCUCUCAGGCAGUGUCUCCACCCCUUGGACCUUUCUUGGACUGUGA